AGAUCCUUUGCAUCAGAAGAUCACAUCAUUCAGAAAAUUUCUUGUCAAAUUGUCGGAUGAUUUAAACCAAGCUCCGCUCAUUGAGAAGAUGAAAGAAUAUUUGCGGAACGAAGGUUAUGAAGUUUUACACGAUGUUGCCAAUCAAGACAUUUGCCCGUUGGAUAUUUUUCAAACAAUGAUUCAAACUUGUUUAAUCUCUGCAAAUGAGUUAUCGAAAUUGAAAGAAAUGAUGGAAUUUUGUUCCAGGAAUGAUCUUAUUCAACACAUUGACCGAUUUAACAACAACUGCGGCGUCCUCAGAAAAGGUAAAGUUUGUCUCUGUGUUAAUGCACUUCAAAAUAUUCCAGAUUUGCGCAUAUUCUAAUGCAGUUUCCUCUUCCAGCGGUAGAAAGUUUAUAAGUAACGUUUACUUAAUACAUCAAUAGACAGAUUUAGAUCGAGGACGCGGACGUCAAAGACGACGUGAAAAUGGCGUCAAAAUGGCGUGGCAUAUCCAUACAUGGGCACAACACGCCAUUUUCACGUCGUCUUUGACGUUCGCGUCCUCGAUCUAAAUCUGUCUAUUGAUGUAUAACUAUAUUAUAAUAUAUUAUAAUAUUAUAACUAGAACUGUGCGGUUGCUGAAAUUUCAUCACGAUUCCAGUUCUGGCCUUUUGGGGGGAAAAGAGCCUCGGUUCGGCGUCAGUUUCGGUAUUUUUAAGAGAAGGAAAAAUCAAAGCAUUUGCUCAAAAAAUUGUAAUGUAACAUGAAAAUAGAUAACUUAUAAGCAGUCACAGGUAAACUACGUGAAGCGUUCCUCUUUUGAGUUUCUAACUUGAUUGCAAUUUUCCUCAUUACCUUUGCAAAUUUGAAAAACUUCCUUGCAAAUUCCUUCAGGGAAUUUGCAAUGUUCCUAUCGGCUGUUGGCUGUUGCGGUAUUCCAAAUGCAGUGAAACUUCCUUUCAAAUUUCCUGAUUUCCUGCUCUGUUCCGGCCGUUGUCACUGGCUUUUUUAUUAGCCAAUUACAAUGCACGUAACAGAACAGGAAGUUAGGAACUUGGAACAGGAAGUUAAACACUUCCAACAGGAAUUGAGGUUUAAUACUAGAAAAGAACUGUACCGACCAAGUCUGUCGGUUAACUGCACAGCUCUAAAUUUAAUGGAUAGCUUUUGAUUGAGAACGUGUAGCUAUUCUAAUUUUAUCAUUUACAUAUCCGGAGCGAGGGGGAUUCGAAGAAGUAUUACCCGGAGUGAUGAUAUCUCCCGAAGGGGUUCGCCCCGAAGGAAAUAUCAUCACUGAGGUUAAUAUUUCGCCGAAUCUGUCGAGCGAAGAGUCUGCAUGUAAAUGAUAUAUUAUACCGAAAGUUAAAAACACCAACAAAGUUGAGAAUAAACUUAAAGUAAUUUUUUAGCUCUCGAAGUUUUGUUGUUUUGACGCGUGAGGGUCCGUAAUCAUGGAUUUGAGUGAAAUACCGUAAAAAAAUCACAGCCUCACAUGGUACAAAAUCCUGUUUUCUGAUUGGACAAUUUGAAUAUGAACUAUAAUAUUAAAGGGUCAUUGACCGAGCGUGAGGUCUGUACUGUGAAAUAUCAGACCGAGGUUUUUUAGUAUGGACCGAGCGACGAAGGAACGACGUCCAUGCAAAAAACAGAGGUCUGAUAUUUCACAGUACAGACCGAACAAGCGAGGUCAAUAAUCGGUUUAUUAUAUGGCUGAACUGAGUCUGUGAGCAUAUGCUUUUCGCGCGAAUUAAAUCGGCUAUCGUCAGUUUCACUGGAUAACAAUAUACGGUAGGCAUGCAUGCUGAAUAAAAAACAAUUUGGUUAUUUGAAAUUUUUAUCAAAAAGCACAAUUGGAAAUUUAAAAAGCAAAAAAAUUUUCUUCUUGCAAAGCAAAAGUUUCCCGCCAGAUAAACGACCUCCGGGACGCCGGGACAGAUACGGAAAAUAUGGACCACGGUCUGGAUAUGGGUUUUUACGGACCGCUUGUCAACCAGUCAGAAUAGAGAAUUUUGAAAAGCCAUAUAAUAAUAUGAUGUAUUGCCUGCCGAGCACUUAUCAUGAACCUCGGGCUCGGAAAGGUUUGGAAACCACUUCUUGCGUCAUCGACAUUAAUCAGUUAAUUAAAUCAUUCAAACUGCAAUUUGAACAGUUUAGCAUACUUCUUACUGACUUCUUACAGCUUCUUUUCAGCCUUUAGUCCUUCAAUUGCCUGUUACUUCACUUUGAAAUUCCUUGAAUUUCUUUUCCUGACCUGUACGAACCGUGAAUGAGAAUAUAUGAGAGUCGGCAGUCACGCGAUCUUGGUUAUAUUUUCUUAAAGAUGCUGUAAAGUCCGUAAUGUAAACAAACGCUUUGUUUACAUUUUGAACUCAGUGCUAUAGUUGAAAAUAUGAUUAAAUAUAUAUUAUACUGAAUUUUUAACACUCUUCUGGUUCGCUAUGCUUGUAAAUGAAUACAGACUAGAGAUUUAAUUCAAGAAAGUUCGGAAGGUUCGAAAUAUUAAUAGCAUUCCAACGGUCGGGUCCCGACCAUUGGAAUGUAUGCCUGCGCAGAACGUGUGCGCAGAACGGACUUUACAGCAUCUUUAAUGCUCUUCCAACGCUAUCUUGUGUUUUAUUUAAGUUAAAACGUAGUUGUAACACUCAUGAAACCUUUAUUUUUGUAUAAUCUAGCGCUGGAAAUGUCGCCUGUAACAAUUCGUGACUACCAACUCUCAUUCUCGUUUGACCGGGGCUUAACAAUGGUCAAGCGGGGUCGCUGUAAUAGACCUUAUGCUAUAAUGACGUCACAAGGCUUGAUGCCCGCGAGGAAUGCUGAUCUUUCAAAAUGGCCAUUAUCGAAAUUUUUCCGGGUGAUGACUACUAAGGCCAGCAUUACUCGCGGGCAUCAAGCUUUGUGACGUCAUUAUGCAUAAGGUCUAUUGGCGAAAGCUGUAGCGUGUUCUCGGCCAUUGUCUAUAUAUGUAUUUUCUGUGUUAAAUGUUUAUUGGCGCAAAGUUAAAUAAAUACAUAAUUAAAUUAUAUAAAACAAAUAAGGAAUGGCAUGUGCUGGACCUCUCGAGAGAACAGUUUAGAACUGAUACGGCUUUUCAGCAUCAAUACAGUUAGUUUUGUGGUCUCCUGAACUCUUUCAUUUUUUAUCUAAGUUCCGUGUGGAUUACGCAAUCUACCUCGUGACAUGGUGGAACGACCAUCAGAAGUGAACGAGAUACUGGGGUUACUGAUGGAGGGGAAUAAUAGAGUGGGUGUGGUCGGAAGUCGUACCGGUGACGUCAUUGGUAUUCGUGGAAUGGGGGGGUCUGGGUAAGACCGUCCUAGCCCAGGCUAUUGCUUGGGCUGCCUCGGUUUCUCGCCAGGUUAUCUGGCUUGACAUUGGUCAAACCCCAGACUGCUUGGCACUGAUUAAUAUCCUCAUUAAAGCUCUUGGGGGAGCAUCGUUCAGUGAUAUUUCGACCGCGCAAGCCUGGGUAAAAGCGAAUACGGUAUGUAUACGUUUAAUGUUGUUUGUAGUUCUUAUUAAGGCGAUGUGACACGAAACGAUUUUUAAUAACGAUUUGUAAUGCAAAUUACGCUGUACGAAAUUUGAUUGGUUCGGCUACGCAUUGUGUUACGAAUCGUUGUUGAAACGUCCCGUGUAACAUGGCCUUUGAUAAUUAUGGGGAAAAACAAAAGAAGUUCAUAAAUACAUGCACAUACAUUAUUCAAUUCAGUCCCCAUUGGGAGUUUUGAGUAACCGAUUACAUGAAGUUUUACCCUUACUUAGAUUACUUGUACUUAGCAGCCUUGACUAUUUGUCUUUACAACAAUGGAUUAUUGCAGCUACUGACUAUAUUUUGAUCAAGAAAAGAUAACAAAAUUUAACACCGCAGCUAGAAAGAUUGUCUUAGAAUGAGUAAAACUGCAAAGAUUGGUCGUUAAAUGUUGUAAAAUGAAGAAAAUAUAGCCCUGUGAAGUUCGCAAAUUUUGUAUAUAUUUGUAUUACUACUAAAUAACCACUUUCGGCCCAAAAAUGGUUGCGAACUUCACAGGGCUAGAUUUUCUUCAUUUUGCAACAUUUAGCAACCAAUCUUUGCAGUUUUACUCAUUCUAAGACGCUCUUUCUAGCUGUCGUGUUGGAUUGCGUUCUCCUUGUCUAGAUCAAUAUUUUUCCUAUAGCUGCAAUCAUCCAUUGUCAUUUUACUCUCCUAACCAUGUUUACCCUAGCCCACCUUGUCAACUUUCCCUGUGGGAAAUAAUUUUUAUAGAAUGCGUACUCUUAUCUUUUCCCUGUAAAAAUUUUGUCUCCACAAAAUGGAGGAUUUAUAAGGUUAUUUUGGCUCGCCUCAAUGGAGAUAAAGGAGAUAAACUUUUGAAAAACCCAUUUUAGUGAGUUUUUUUUACGAAAAGCAAUACUUUUAAUUGAACAGAAUUUAUACAGAAAUCGUCGUGUAAAAAUACAUUUUACAUAGUAAAAAUACAGAAGAUCAAGUCAACCUUGAACUGAAUAGCAAUGUAUCUCAACUGUUUUUUAAAAUGAAUGGAGUUCAAUAAUCUUUUUAAACUUACACAGUUUUCAUAUUUUUCUACGUUCCAUGAGCCUUGGGGCAACCACAGUUUUCGACGAUUACUGAAUACUUUUUGUUUUAAAAACAUGAAAACACUUAACUUAAUGUGAAGAAAAACGAAACCCGAUGAAGAAUGAACUACGCUCAGAGCAUGCAAAAAUGUUUUAUGAGUAUAUUAUAUUUACGCGAAACUACUUUGUUUUUGCAUGCAAGGCUGCACGAUAUUCACCAUUUUGUAACUGCGCAACUGAUGCAGCAGUUACUUACAUUUGCUUUUCAAAGAACCUAAUAUUUGAAGAUCUAUCCUCAAACCACAAAUUUAGACAGCAAAAACAAAAUUUUGGACGACGAAAACGUGGCCUUGGCUCUGUUUUUAUAGUUUACAAUUCUCAUUCCUAGUCGAAUUCAAUAUGGCGGAUUUAUAAGGGCACGCAUGUGAAAAAGUAAAGACACGAUUCGUAUGCAUUCUUUAUAUAUUAGCGAACUUAAUUUAAGCGAGGCUUGAUCUAGUACGAGGACGUGACAAGAAACAGCCUUAAAGAACCGGUGUCGCAUUGCAAUAUACAUUCGAUGUUUCUAAUGUAAUUAUCUCGGCGAGUAUUUACCCCCCUUUUAACGAAAUCCACCAUUGAAAUCCUCACCAAAAAACAUUUCGAAUGGGGGUCAGAUGCCGUCAAAACAUUGUGCACCAGUCAAUGUAAAUCCCCCCCCCCAACCGGGGAGGGGCGGGUGUAUUUAGCGGGGAAAAUGGUCAGUUUUGAUUGUAAAUAUGUCCGCGAUGAUGGGGGACUUGGACGACAUUUUCUCUUUCGGUAGACGAUGCGGGGACAAAAGCGGGGGAAUGGAUUCAGUGGUUAACAUAUAUAUCCUGUGUUGCUGUUUUAAUUUUCUUUACAAGAAAAGUUUAAAUACAAUAACAUAAAUGAAUUUGAUUUUCUAUUGCUGAUCUAUGAAAUAUACAAAACUAUUUUCCUGGGGUUGAGAGACAUGCGGGGACAUUGAUUCAUUACCCUUUCCCCGGGGCGGGGACAAUUUCGCUCUUUUACUACCCCUCUACGCCAUUGACUUGUGCAUUAUAAUGCACAAACCGCUGUAAGCACUCGCGGUUUUUAUACUAUGAUUAUUGCAAGUUGCAUGGAACAUAUUGCUUGGUAUAACAUCCCCUGCAAUGCAAUGCUGAAAUCGUUUUUCUUAAGACUAGUUGCUGAGUGUAACAGUGCCUUAAAAAUUUGUUUGAAGGGUUAGAUUUAGGUUUACGUUUUGUAUUAAAUAUAGUUAGGACUGUUUAUAUGUAUCGAGAAAGCACCCUAAAUUUGGUUAUAAUUAAGUAAGGCUAUUAAUACCAUGCAUAUAAAUGGUUUGCAAUGUAUUUGCAGAUUGAUAAAGAUUGUUUAGUUGUGCUAGAUGAUGUUUGGAAUGUUGACGACGCUGCCGAGUUUGAUCACCUAUCUGGAAAAUGCCAAUUAUUAAUAACUACUAGAGAUGCCGACGUUGUCCGCGGCUUGCAAGGUUCUGCUCUGUACGAACUCCAAACUAUGGCAAAGGAUAAAUCUCGCAAGCUCUUGUAUCAAAGUGCCCGGGUAACCCAAGACGAACAGUCUAAGUUUAGUUCAAACAUGCAACGAAUUGUUGCCGAACUGUUGGACCAAUGCCGAGGCCUGCCGCUGGCUCUGUCCCUAGUGGGCUCGACUUUAAUCGACGAUCGCGCGGAACAGUAUUGGGAGGAUAUUUUGGACGACCUCAAAAAGGCUGACUUGGUAGAAUUACGUUCACUAUUUCCCAGUGACGCAUACCCUUACGAUAACCUCUUAGCAGCCAUUGAUGUUAGCUUUCAACGUUUGGAGAAAAACGCGCAAGAGAAGUUCCUAGAUUUCGCUAUAUUUCCAGAAGAUACGAAUGUACCGGCAGAUAUACUCGAGCUGUUAUGGUGUUCGGAAGGCGCUGGGAGAAUUAAGUGUGGCGCUCGGGCAGGAAGACGUAUACUUAAUGUGCUUGAGAGAAAGUCUCUGAUUCAAAAAGGUAUGUAGUGGGAAGAGGAAACAUUUAAAUUAGAAUAUAUGUUCCCUUAGGUGUAUAUUUCUUUAUUUCGUUUUACACACGAGGCCAAGUAUGUUAGUAGUGAAACACAAACGAUGAUUGAGCAGUUCACUACUUUGACUGGCAGCUCCGGAUUGGUCCAUACAUUACAAGUUACAACAUGGCUACUAUAUUCUUUUAAUUAAGAGCCAGUUUAGGCUGAAGAUUAUAAAAGGCUUAUUCCUCUGUGACAGAGCUACAACAUGAUUAUAUUAUUAGUUCAUUAUUGCUUCAUUAGUGUUGAUUAUUAUUGAUUCAUCAUUGUUGCUACAAAACGACUAUUGAUUUGAUGCUUGUGGUGUUACUCUGAGUGUAUAUCCACACCGGGCAAGCUUGAAAAAUAUGCCUGGCCACGGUGGGAACCUACGACUUUUGUAAUACCAGCCCAAUGCUCUGCCAACUGAGCUACGCGGUCAGGUCGGUUCGAGUAUGUGAUAUUUCGGAACUGAAUGUAUUUCCUUUGAUAUCGAUGUAAUCUAAUAAUCAUGAAUUUUUCUUGUAAUAGUAUUCAAUAGUAUACACCAACACAUUCAGAUAUACACUCAGAGUAACAUCACAAGCGUCACAUUCACCUGAGUACAUUACACCAACACAAAAAAAUCAUGACUAUUGAUUUGUUACCACGGGUAGCAACGGGCAGAACAAUCAUGGCGUUUCCAGUUCACUCCUCUAGAUUUUUCAACUAAACACUAAUGAAUUAAUUCUUCACCCAAGUUGGACCUGGCCCAUCAUUCGUCACUGCUACAAGUCAGGCCACUAUUACAUUAACGCUCUUUAAUGAUUUCUUUCAGGACCUGAACUUCAUGGAAAAAACAGCUACCGUGUCCAUGAUCUACUCUUGGACUUUGCACGUGCGAAACUUCGAUCCACAGGAACACUAACUGAUGUCCAGCGCUUGUUCCUAGAAACACUUCGUGGCCAAUGCGUGAACCGCGAAUGGGCAAAAUUUCAAGGCAAUAAAGAUUACUAUUUCAAGUACCUACCCUAUCACCUGUACUCCUUCGAACCACAUGGGGAAAUACGUCAACUGUUCUUCGAUUAUCACUGGCUUGAACAAAAAGUGAAACAAACUAACUUGCCCUCCUUAAUAUCGGAUUUUCGUUUCCUGGACCCGCUCUCGCACGAAAUGAAACUUCUCAAAUCUUCGUUAACGUUAUCUGCCGAUGUCAUCGAGAAAAGCCCGGAUUCAAUUGGUCUGCAACUGCUAGGUAAUAAACGAUAAUGUAUCCUUGCCUAACUUUAUCAUCCUAGUCUACCUGGUAUAUAGCUGGCCUUGCCGUUUCCUUAUACCUUAUACCUUAUAUACCUUAUACCUUAUUACCUUAUUACCUUAUUACCUUAUUACCUUAUUACCUUAUACCUUACCUUGCCUUUAUACCUUACCUUACAUUACAUUACAUUACAUUAUAUUACAUUACAAUGGCUUGCCUUACCGUGCCGUACCAUUCCUCGAUCGCCUCGCAUAACCUUACCUUACUGUCUAUAGUCCGAGCCGUCCCUUAUUGCCUGGCUAGCUCUAUCCGUUAUUAAGGAUUAAUCCAUCAAACCGAUGUUCCGGAAAAAAACCCAAGAACUGUUUUCAAAGAGAAUUUGUAAUAUCAUCAGACAACUGCAUACUACAGGAAUCGAAGCCCACUCUCAAAUGCAUGUGAAAGGCACGCAUGCACUAACCACUGUGCCAACAGCACACCCAUCACAUUAAUUUACUUCACUUUUAUUAGAAACGUCAAGCAUCAACUUAAUAACGAUAUCACACUAAUAUUAUAAAUUAAAUCAAUUUCUUAUACGUAUGCUAAAACUGUAGUAUAUUUAUGUUUUAGGUAGAUUGCUGUCGUUUGCUGACGAACACCCAAGCGUCAACACGCUAUUAGAGCACGUUCGUGAAACAUGCAAAAAAACAUACCAUCUUUUGCCAUUAUUUUCCUGUCUGUCCGAACCCAUAGGACCGUUGAUUAAGAUAUUCAGUAAGAACAUUAAUGAUAUGGUAUAUUCAUUAGCAACGACUGUUAGUGCAACUGGUGCUAUUGUCGUUGCCGCUUUGGGAAACGGUUUGAUCAAGAUUCGUGAACUAGAAACAGGUACAUGUAGCUAUAUUGUGCAAUAAUAUUAGAAUGUGUUGGAACAAUUUGUUGAGAGUCUGUUGACCUGAUCAACCUACAGUUAACAGCUUGUUUCAGACUUGUCGACAACUGGGAACAAGCAGUGCGAACACAUCUUGUUGAAAAGCUGUGAGAUUUUUACGCGCAAAAACUCAACUACAAAAUCAACAGUUGUAGCAAUGAAAUUAUCGUUAAUAACGUACCGCUGAUAUUACACAAUAAUUGAUAACCACAUGUCAGUUUUUUCUACUAUAUAAACGGAUUACUGAGAUCAUGAAGUUUACUAUUUUAUCAGCUAUUAUCGACCGAUUUGAAAAGUAGCUGCCAGCCUGCCACAAUUUUGCAUUAAUGUGUAUUUUAUUACCGGACCAAUAAUAUAAUAAUAAUAACCAACUCUUUCCACAGAGACUGUUAUUUAAGACAAAGUGUAAGAGUUUCAGAAAAAGCACUAAAACGAGGCUAGUCAGGCUUGUUUGCUAUAAAUCUAGCAGAAUCCCAUAGUUUCAAAGAGAAUACUUAGUACUAGCCUAUAUUUAGACUUUGUAGAAUUGUUAGACUUGGAGUAUUUUACAGGGUGUCUCAACAAAAAGUGACUCUUUAUUGUGAAUUAUUUGAAUGUCUGUGUCCUACACUGAACCUAUAUAUGGGUACGUAAACACAAUUAGCCUUUCACACGGCUGAUUUUCCCGCCAUUUUGGGGGUACUGCCUCGCCCGCGUUUGGGAGCCUCCGCACCACCGGGUAAAGUUUCCGGCUGUGACGUAGCACUGAACAUCAAUUGAACUUAUCCCGCUAGCGGGAAAGUUGUGUUCAUAUGGGAAAAACAUCCCGGUCACCGAGAUCUCGCCUGUCAACAAGCGAGAUCGCGGUACACGGGAAAACGUUUUGUCUCAUAUGAACGCAGUGUAACUUUUCGUAUUAUUUUCAUAUCAAGGCGAGAUCUCACUUGUAAACUUAUCGAAAAGUUUUCUCGCUAACCGGGAUAACUUUUGCCCAUAUGAACAGGCCCUUAAAGUGCUACUGCAGCGAAUUUUUGGACGUAGUUUUUUAAGCUUAAAUAAAAAUUCAGUUUUUUAGAAGCAUUUUCAUAUAUAUUUGACCAUCAUGCGACGCUUAGAAGUUGCCAAAUUUAAUCUCUGAAGUUGGUUAUCGCGUGCGAACUUUUCCGCCGCCAUAUUGAUGCCGUGUGACGUCAUAAGAUGAACGGAAACGAAGAUAUGAAGAUCGUAUUUGUAGUAAAUUAUAUGGCGCGUCAACAUAUUGCAGUGGAAUUUUUGUCUAUUUCACUUGUUUAUGGCGCAGAUAACUGAUUUUUAAAAAUCGAAGAACGAGUGCUGUGUCUUAUUGUUAGUUUGACGGCGGAAUGACGGUAAGAGACUCAAAUAAUAGGGUCAGUACUGCGUCUGGAAGUCAACGAGUAUAUAUGGACUCGGCUAAGUCCGCUUUGAAAUACGAUGAUGAACCAGUUGCCUAACAGCUUUUACACAGCUUCACUAGACGAAGUGAUAGAGACAUUAACGCCGCUGAUAGGCAACUACCAUCUGUAACUAUGUUGGAGCAAUCAAGCGAUGGUACAAACGUGUAAAAUUAGUGGAAACCCCAGAUCUAACAACCACAAAUGAUCUAAAACAUAAGAAAUGUUAAACACUUUAAUUAGACUAACUAUAUAGGACCAUAUAGCGUCAUUCGCGCAAAAUAUUCAUCAUGUGUGUGAACAUAUUAAUUUUUACUUCACUAUAUACCUGAAUUAUUUGCCUUGCGUCUGUUAGUUGUACUUUAGCCAGGGGAUCAAUUCUAGCCAUGUAAAUUGUAUAAACAGUUUCUUGUAUUCUUUCCAUUUUACGAGGUUUUGUCAAUGAAAAUGAGAUAUAGCACGAAUCUUCAAAACGUGCUCAAUCAAAACACUAGGUUCGCAGAUGCGUGAAAGCCCGGUCAAUGUUUACGGAUAAAAUUCACUGACUUUCUUUCACUCUGUGGAUCUGUCUUUUUUGUUGGGAUAUAGAUGCAUGGGUAUUCUUUCAGGCUAUUCAGAAUUCGUGCAAUAAUCUAAGUUUGAACUGCCAGAAACACGGCCUUCGUCUCUGCGUGUUUGUUCGUUUUACUAUAAUUUUAAUACGCCAUGAUGAAAUCGUGUUCAUCUUAUGACGUCACAUAGCAUCAACAUGGCUGAUCAAAAGUUCGCACAGGAAGUGCCAAAAAUGGCCACUUUGGAAGGCUAUAAAAUCGGUUUGAAUUCACCAAUUUCAAUUCUGUUUGUAAUGUGGUAAACAGGUCAGGAAGGAAAGCACUUUUAAUUAAGCUAAAAAAGUGAGGGUCGAAAAAUUUGUUGCAGUAUCACUUUAUGUAACUGUCAAUUAGAACUUUCAUGUACAAUAGUUACGGGAACCACUGAGUAUUUUAUAAAAUACAGAAGAACAAUAAUUAUUUUUGUAGCUAUAACUUUUUGUAGCUUUAAUGUACAUUUCGACUAUAUUUUAGUCAUCGUCAGCUACAAAAUGUUAUUCGGAGUUACUGUUCUUUUCUAUUUCAUGUACAAUUUAUGUAGUUUUAAUAUGCUCUUACGAUUACAAUGCAUUCUAAACUCCCAGAGGUGACGAAGUUUUGGGUGUUUACAACAAAAGGGUGAUUUCUAAGCGGUCACUUUUUUUAAGACACCCUGUACAAGGCAGCAGUGAUAUGGAAUUAUUAUAACGGAAUAGCGCGUACAUUUCGACCCCUGAAACACUUGUAUAGUAACGAUAUACGGAACAAAUAAGAUCUUGAAUAAGGGGAACUCCAUACUGGAGUUACUUGGCUAGUAAAUCCAAACGAAGGACCUUCGCUCGAAACGUCGAAAUUCUCCUUAUAUUUUUCAGGUAGUUGCAUCCAUAGUAACAAAUAAGAUAGCCUGUAGUUACAAAUGUUUUAACGAUUUUGGUAUUUCUCUUCAUUUGUUUGCAAGAAAACGCAUUGGUUUAGCAACAUGUGUAAUCUGUUUACAAAACAAACAUAGAAGCAAGUUAAAAUUGUUAAAUUAAAUUACGGUUUCUUGACAUCAUCCUUGUAAGCAGACUGGCGUGUUCAUAUGGGAAAAUAUUCAUACGGUUGCGGCCGAUAUAUUCAUAAUGUUGCGCAAUAAUUUUGUAUGCUUACGCAAUAAUUUUGCAUGGUUACGCAAUAAUUCUGCAUGGUUACGCAAUAAUUCUGCAUGCUUAUGCAAUAAUUUUGCAUGGUUACGCAAUAAUUUAGCAUGCUUACGCAAUAAUUUUGCAUGCUUACGCAAUAAUUUUGCAUGCUUACGCAAUAAUUUGCUAACAUGACACGAACGGUUUGAUUAAAAUCAACGCAUUAUAAAUGUAAUUACUAACUUGAAAAUGAUGCACGCUGUAGCAUCGAAACGUCGUUUAAUAAAUGUAAUAUCGCUAUCAUUUGUUUCAAAAUUAUUUUACAGUUGAGGGCCAAAACCAAAAUUAGGGCCGAUUGUGGGAACCCCAGAGAUUUUAGGUCACUCAGAGAAAGAGAAAGAUCCAGUCUGUCCCACUAACUAGUGACCCUUGCGGGGCCAGAUGCCCCUCUCCAAAAUAUACCUUGUCUUCAUGUGAACACAAUCUAAAUGCGACGUUUUGGUAAGUUGGCGCACGUAGACUGGUAUUUAAUCUUAGAAAUUUGUGACCUCACGUACAAAGAUCUAUUACCCUACUUAAAUACUUAUAAUUUAUCUAUCUGCAUAAACAGGCAAAGAAUUGCAAGUGCUCGAAGGACAUACAAUGGCAGUGUAUUGUUUGGCUCUGUCGCACAGUGGAACGUUACUUGCGUCAGGCUCGUAUGACUCUACUGCAAUUCUUUGGAAUAUGGAUAGUUUUGAACAGCUUUUCGUGUUACAAGGAGAUGGUGGUUAUGUGAAUGCGUUGGAUUUCAGUGCAGAUGAUCACCGCCUGUUUAGUGGAUCGAAUGAUGGUAAGCAUCUAAUUGUGAUAACUUUUGGCACGCAGUGCACACAUUGAUUUGAUUUACAUUGGAGAAGAAAUGGCAUACAAUUUUUUUAUGACUCUAUAGGAAAGUGCUCUUUGCGAUCCCAAGCAUUUUCUUAUACCAUUGUCUGUCCAGAUAUCAUGGAAAAUAGAACACCUUUGUUUCUUGUUGAACUGUACCUUACCUAAAUAUUAAUUAUGAUCGUGGUUCCACGUUCACGCCGGUUAUCCCUAUUGGACGAUUGCUUCAUUGUACGAAAAUACAAUGAGCUUACUGGACCUAUUCCCUAAUGAACAAAAUUUUGAUCUAGACAAGUCUAGACAAAAAUUUUAUCACGGCUUGAAAGAGCAUCACAAAAUUAGUAAUAUUCCGAAGUUUCGUUGCGAAAUGUUGUAAAAUGCGGAUAAUAUAGCCCUGCGAAGUUUGCCGUUUUUCAGUCAUUUUGUAUUACGCACGGGAAAUUGAUACCUUUUUUUAGAAAGCGGUAUCAAUUUCCGGUGCGUAUUACACAAUGACUGAAAAACGGCAAACUUCACUGAGCUAUAUUAUCAGCAUUUUUCAACAUUUCGCAACGAAACUUCGGAAUAUUACUAACUUUGUGAUGCUCUUUCAAGCUAUGGUGAAAUUAAAUGUUUGUCUAGACUUGUCUAGAUCAAAAUUUUGUUCAUUAGGGAAUAUGUCCAUUGCCAUGACCGUGGACAAAUUAACGUAAAAUGAAACAAAAACAUAAGACAAUGAUUUCUGUUUAGUUUGCAGACCAUCAUAGACUAUGCGUAUGCAAACUGAAUUCUAUUUCUACCGCAUUGCAUUUUAAAAUAUGAAACUUUGCAAUUUUGCUCAUAUUGAGAUGCUCUUUUCAUUUUCUGAGAUGCUCGAGGAAAAUGGGGAUCACGUGUCCAAUUCUUUCAAAUGGCUAUUUCGGAUCAAAACGAUACUUUUAAACUACCGUUUAACUGUAUUAUUAUGACAAAAUGUGAAAUUGAAUGAUAUAGUCUGGUGGAUUACAGUUUGUGUCGAGGUUUGCUGUUCAAGGUAGCUUGCACUCCUUGUAGAAUAUUGAAAUGCCUAGGGUUAAUAUUUGAUCAAUGUUCAAUGGGUUCACUGUUGAGCCCAUCACUGAUCAAAGGUCUGACAAUGUACUUCUGAUUACCCACUGUGACUAAUACACAACCCUUGCCUUAAUUAAAUAAACUGCAAUACAUAUCACUGUCUCUGUGUAAUUUCCGUUAAUUGUAACUUUUGUUCGCGUUUCACCGAAUCGCGAGUUAAGAAAAUUCUCAUGCAAAAUCUCGCUUCCCGACUGUCAUCAACUGUCACCCUCAUUUGACAAGGUUUUAAGGAGAACCUGACUAACGUCUACCAUGUGUACUAGGGCAACUGCGAGUGUGGCGUGUGGCCACAGGUGAACGGUUGGGUAUCGUUCCUGCACAUGAUGGACAAAUUCGGGGUUUGUGUACCACAAAAGAUGGAAUGUACAUUGCUACUGCAUCUCUUGACCACACUAUCAAGUUAUGGAGAGUUGAUACCUUAACUAUCCAAGCUACUUUACGUGGCCAUACACACACCGUGUACAGUGUAGUGGCAACAGGUAUGCAAAGUAUGUGUGUUUAUUAUAUGGACAAUGGUGUUUUACUGGAAACUAAAACACUCGUAGAACUCAUACGUCACUACAUCCGGGGCCAGGUGCGCGUAUUUUCCGUAUUUCACCCCUGCUAGUGACAUACGAAGUUUUGAAAAUUUCCCGCCAUUUUCACUGUUGUUGUUUUGAAAAUACAAAUGGUCUUUGGUUCGUAUUUAAAACGAAAUUAACGUUGGAAAUAAAACGAAAACAUUUAAAAGACAUCUUGAGAUAAGUAAAAUUUAUUCUAGUUUUAUGUUUGCAGUAUAAUUUUAAAAAAUAUCGCUUUUAUACUGGUCUUUCGCGUGCUUAUUUACAUGUCGUCUUUGUGUGUAUUUUUGUCACUCUGAGUAAGUCCAUAUAAUAAACAGAACAUUAAACGGUUGCGAGAAGAUAUGGAUUUAUGUUCUCGUGUCAAAAACAAUAUCUCACUCGUUCGCUGCGCUGAGAUAUUGUUUUUGCCACUCGAACAUAAAAUCCAUAUCUCUUCGCAACCGUCUAAUAUCCUAUAUAUAUAUAUGUUUGUUGAACAUCAGUGAAAAUAGAUGUUACUCAGUUGUGUAACCAGGGGGGGGGAGGGGGAUGGGGGGGGGGCGUGGUGGCAGUGAUUUUGCAACCAUUGGCCUCACCUGGUCCACCACAUCUGACUUUUAGGCAUCAUUAUUGAUUUUGUAGGAGAAAAAGUUAUGAACAUUUGAGAUUUAUAGCCCUAUCACGUCUUGAUUUUACUUUUUCACGCAGACAUUUUGCAGGCACAUUUUCAAAUGGGCACACAAGAAAUUAUGGACCCAUGCCAACAUCUGACACAUAUCUGGCUGUUGCGUUUAUACCAUAGGAUUUAUGCACAGACGUAUCAGACGACCUUUGUUUUCUUUGCCCAAGGUCAUCUUGACGGAUCAUCCGUCUCUAUAGUUAAAGCUGGCCAUUUUCGUUUACGUUUAGGAAAUGACAAUCAAGUGCUUGUGUCUGCUUCGGGAGAUAAAACGUUAAAAAUCUGGGAUUUAAGGACAUAUAAAGAAAUUCGUACCCUCAGUGGUCAUCAAGAUGAGAUCUACAGUGUCGCUGUCAGCUCGGAUACGAAGCAUAUUAUCUCCGGAGGCCUGGACAUGAUCGUGAGAUUAUGGUGUUUUCACACUGGAAAAUUACUUUUCUGUUUUAAAGGCCACAGCCAAUCAGUCAGGUGAGUUUGAGGGUGGAUCGAUUAUUGCAAUUGGCAGUUGUCAGAUAAUUUUACCUCAAUGAGUGUUCCUGGUUUGAUUCUACCAAAAACUACGGCAGACAUUCUUUGAUUCGGUUCAUCCAAUCGUUAAAAAUUUCCCCUGUAGUAAUACUGUAGAACAAUUGGAGAUAUAGAGAUUACUUCAUGGUUGGUGAGCGCGUACGAUUUUUAUUCACGAGUGGAUUAUUACAAGUGAACGAGUGAGUGCAGCAAACGAGUGAUCUUGUAAUAAUUCACGAGUGAAUAAAGAUCGUAUUUGCGAACCAACCACGAUGUGAUUUGUUUAUUUUAUAAAUACUGAGCUUUCAUUCACGAUGACAAAGUUUUAAUGUUAUUAAAACGUUAUUAAAGUUUUAAUAUUAGUUUUCAAAGUUUUUAAUGUCUUCUUAAAUGCUAAAUCGUUGAUAGGCCUAAUGCUUGCAACCGGGUAGUUUUUUUUCCUAAGAUGUUGCUCGAAGAUUGCUAAUACAAUAGACUUCGGAGACAAGAUGGCUCGUAUAUUUUUCCCGCCUUUGGUUCUGACCGAAUUGAUAAACUCAGUCAGACACGUACUCGUUCAGUUCUGCUGUCAGAAUAUCUUCCAUUUUUCUUUCUUCAUUCUUGGUUUCCAAAAACAAGUGUAACACAGUAAUAGUUUUACAUCUCGUUCGGUUUUUUGUGAGGUAUACUAGCUUUAUUUUCUUGUUCUGAAAUAAAAUUGUCAACAGAAACGGCGUCCGUAAAUCACGCAGCCAUUAUGAUUUUCAAAUUGAAAUAGGUUUCGCGCCAAAAAGUUCGUGGUGGAAAACAAAAGUAUUUUUCAGUGCGAUCAUUUUUCACUAGUGAAAAAAACAUGGUUCGUCCAAUCAGACGGCGCGAACGAUGUUGUUUCAUUUUUCAUCGUUCGCGUCGCUGAUUGGCUGUGGCAAAAUUCCGUACGAUUAUUACGCAAUGUCAUUUUAAUGAAUAAAUCUCAGUACUUAUAUAAUAAAGCCCUUUACUGGUUUUCUUGGGAAGAACAGCUUCGAACAGCUGGAGUUCUUAGCCAGUCAAGUAGAGUUUUUAGCUAAUAACUCCAGGUUUAGUUAGCUACCUACACACGAUUUGUGGAGUUGUUAGCCAGUAAAUCAAAAUUUUUAAACCUAUUUAAAAAUAGCUAGCUCCGCAUGAGUUUUUCAUUUGUUAACCAUAACUCUGGGAACUUCCGAGUUAACCAGUAGCUGCAGGUUUAGAUAGCUAACUCCAAGUGCCAGCCAUUUUGUACUGGCUUGGUUGCAGAAGUUAGGGAACCAUGGGGCGCCGUAUAUAUAGUCUUAGGUGCCAAAUUCAAAACGUAUACUUCAAUACUUCAAAACUUAGUUGAACUUAGAAUUAUGAAGUUAUGAAUUCUGAGAUUAUAGGGAGGUAGUGUCCAAAAGCAGGGCGGUUUGGAACAAAUAGACCUAUCUUAUAUAGAUGAAGUUGGUUUCAGUUAAGGCUUGUUCAGUAUAGAAACAUUAUGGACUUAAAGGGAUGAGCCUUUAUAGGUAGAAUAAGCCCUCACUUACGGCCAGUAUAGUACAAACGAUUCUGGAUUCGACUUCGAGUAUGCAUGAAAACAGGUUUUCGGAUGCCAGGGUUUACACUGCAUGGAUGAAUAACAAACAAAUUUUUUUUAGAAUUUUAUUUGUCGGAUUAGUAUAAAAUGAAUAUUUCUCUGUUAAUAAAUUUAUCAAAUACUUCAAAAACUGAAUUAAGUACACUAGCUAGGUGUACCGAAGUGAAGAAAGUACUUACUGCUGGCAACCGUAUACGUUGUACUGCUUCAGAUUCAUGUGUUUCUGGACACAAAAGUUUCUACUUUCCGGUUUCGAAAGUGCCCUGACACGGCUGAAAACGGAGAUAAUUCCAUAUCGUACAGUAUUUGUCGCUGCGUGUGUAAACGGUAAUCUGAAUCCAGUACCAAAACAUUUCAGUUUCGUGAUGAAUCCGGAAUCUUUAGUUUGUAGUAUAAACGAGGUCUGAAUUGGCAAUAAAAUGAAUAUUGAAAAUUGACAAUCAAUUUGUUGCAUUUUAGAUUUGUGACAAUCAUUGCUGACGGAUCAAAGGCAUUGUCUGGAUCGCAAGAUAAAACUUUCAGAGUGUGGGAUCUAGACACUAGUGCGUACUUGAAACAGGACAGGUCACGUGGUCAUUCGGAAGGCGUCAUUGACAUUGCGGUGGCACGUGAUGGCUCGAGAUGCGUUUCGUCUUCUAUGGAUGGGACUUUCAAAAUUUGGAAUUGCAAGACCGCACAAGAAUGCUUUACUUUGAAAGGUAUAGUCAGGAUUGUCCAUUUGAGCCUGUUUUCCACUUUACGGUGACGAAACUUCACGUUCUUGAUAUACCCUGGUUCCAGAGGCUCUUUGCGAGGCGAAAGAAACGAGAGGCGAGGAGGAAGAGCCUCUGGUCACAUUGUUGCAAAUCCCACUUCCACAUUUGACUAGGUUCAGAAUUUGAAUCUCGCAUGUGAUUGGCCUUUUGUAAAAGCAUGUUAAACUGGUUUGGGAAACAAACAUUACUGUAAGCUAAUUAUAGCCUGUAUUAAAAUAUUCUAUUAAACUCAACUAAGCGUGAAUAUUAAUACUCCUGUGAAAAAGAUAUCACUGAUUGAUAUUAUUAUGUUUAUCUCCUGAGAAGUUUGAUCCUUUUUCACAGGAGUAUUAAUAUUCGUGCUUGGUUGAGUUUAAUAGAACAUUUUAAUACAGGCUAUAAUUAGCUUACAGUAAUGUUUAGUUCCCAAACCGGUUUGACAUAUUUUUACAAAUGGCCAAUCACAUGCGAGAUUUAAAUUCUGAAUCUAAUCAAGUGUGGAAGUGUUAUUUUGUAGUCGAUGUGACCAGAGGCUCUCUCAGGGUACAAAUCAUAUUAACAUAAAGAAAAUUGUUAUGAUAUUUACCUUGCGUGAAACAAGUUUCUGAAGAAAGAAAUGGCAACUAUUUUUUGAUUCGGAUCGCAGGUUUGACCGCUGCUUGUGGUUAGAUCUAAAAUUCUAUAUAAAGUUUCACUUAAAAUUUCCAUGUACAAAAAGCCUUCAACUGGCAGUUCCAUCUCGAUCCUUGGCUUGGCUCGACGGUUUGCAGUUUAAACAGAGCAGUUCAAACGCAGUUUUUGUGUAAGCACAAGACAAAAGUCCAGACGAGCAAGAAUAUCAUUUAUUAUCUAACAAUGGCACAAAUUAUACGGUUUUAUUGUUUCGCAUUUUCUGUAUAAAUGUGUAAAACAUUAAAUUUAAGCUUCAUAUUUCACUCAGUUUUUAAACACACAAAAAACCCCGCAAAACUCAGUGAACUUGGAACCAACUACAAAGCACGGCUGUCAAAACAAGAUGGCGGCUUAUACUCAAAAACAGCUCAGAGUUUGCACUUCAAUCUUAAUCUCCACAAAAUGUAUUACCUCUGGCAUCUAACCUUAAACUGCAGAAAUAACAAUGUUUAUUCUCAAUCUUUAGGCCUCUAAUGUCUUGUUCUUUUACUUAUCAUCAAUAGGUCUCAGAAGAAGAGCAGUGAAUGUUGCAAUCUCCGCUGAUGGUCGGCAUCUCGUGUCGCUAUCGAAAGAUUUUUUGUCAUCGAUAAAGGUAAAGUAAAGGCCAAAAGACAUGCAUAUCAACUAAUAGGCAUCUUCUCAUAGGACAAAAGUAUUCACAAAAAUUUUCCAGUAUGUCUCAGAAGACACAAUUCUCUCCAACAGACCAUUUUUUCAUUAAAGUGCAUAUGACAUGAAAUUUCUUAUUUUCUUAAAUGAAAGAACUCUUUAAGCUGUAGUGUAACUUAUUUUUCAGUUUCUUGUUUUUGUGGUUUGUUCCCGAGAUAUUUGAAUUUGUUUGAUAUGUAAAUGAGUGUGAAUAUGUCCGCUAAUUUAUGACGUCAUGUUGGUUGCAAGCUCUUCAAAAUGGUUGAAUAUCACUGCUAUAAUCCAAGAUGAUAACUUCAAACUUCACUCACUGGUAAAUGUGAUAAAACACUGUAGAACAACGUGAACAGAUAUCUACAGUUUUUAGAGUUAAUAGAUUUAUAACCAGUGUAAGUUGAGCUUGCAACCAACGUGACGUCGUAAAUUAGCGGACAUAUUCGCACUCAUUUACAUAUCAAACAAAUUGAAAUAUCUCGGGAACAAACCAUAAAAACAAGAAACUGAAAAAUAAGUUACACUACAGCUUAAAGAGUUCUUUCAUUUAAGAAAAUAAGAAAUUUCAUGUCAUAUGCACUUUAAACAAGGUGUUCUCCUAAUUUUUGGCCACGUUUUAAAAUUUCACCAGGACGUCGAAGUCUAAAGCUAGCAGCACACGACAGCUUCAUUCUCUCUUGUGCGCAUGGCUCUGGCUGACAGUUUUACUUGCCCAGAUGCCGUGAAACAAAGAUCUGUCGUGUAUAAUAUCUGAGUAACUUGCUAAGCCAGAGCUUCUCCAAGGGUAGAUACAGUUGGGAGCGAUGGGACCGACGGUCGAAUACACAUCAGAAACGAUACAUGUUCCUUGAAAAUUGAAACUCCAUAAUGUACCAUUUCCUACAUUUUCUGGCGCCGAACUGAAAAACUUGGACAACAAAAAUGUUGCACAAAGUGAUUGAUAUACACCAGUGUCGGAAAAUUCAAUCGGAAAACGCAAGAUAUGCAAUCCUAUAGGGCUAAAAAAUGCAGAAUUUCCCGAAUAUUUCUUUGCUAUUAUUGCCUUUGGUCAGCAGAUGUAGUGCAAAUUAUGAUAUUAAUAUUAUUAGUAUUGAUUUACAGAGUAAACGUUGACGUAAAGGAGAAAAUAAUUAGAGCUUAAACUUUUUGUCGUAUUCUUUUCACCUAUAUUUGCAAUUAAAAGCGUCAAAACCUAAAAUAUUUUUGGCGUAAAAGCCAGAAUCACUUUGUUUUAGUUUUAUUUUGUAGUUUAUACAGUUAGCUACCUUUUUAAAUGCAGGGUUGGGUAGGGGUGUGUGCUCGGCGACCCAUGAUUAGGUUUGCGACCGUUGCACACCAAGUUUAUAAUGAUUUGCAGCUAUACGCACAACAGUGUUUUGUAGAAAGGGCGAAACGUUACCCCUUCAGGGAUAUUAUUGUGAUAAUGAUGACAGCUGCCAGUUGAGAAACAAAGAAAUGCAGUGCGUUUGCAUCGUGGAAGUAGAUCCUCGAUACAUCGGCCCAUAUUCGGGGAUUCCUCGGAUCCCUCGGCCUCGUGAAUAAAUCGAUUGAGGACAUACGUACUGACAUUAAUCAAUCAGUUUUGAAACAGCUAAUAAAUAUAUUUAUAAAAUUAAUUUAAUAACGCAUGCUUGAACAUUGAAAUGCAGUGCCAGCCAAAUGGCAUUAGUUCUGAUUGCAUGUUGCGUAACAUAAAAGAUCUCUUAAUUAUUUGAAGGUGUGGGACAUGCUUCAUGGUAGUGAGUUGUCUGGAAUCGAUAGGGAUAACGAACCUCGGAUAGUUCGCUUCAGUUCUGACGGAAUGCUUGUCAUAAUUGGAUGCAACAACAACCAUGUUUUUAUCUGGAAUUGGAAGAACUGUGAUGUACCUUUAAAGUGCGUCACCUUACCGUUUACAACAAUCGAAAUAGUAUGCGAUAGAAACAUGAUUUACACGUGCAGCAGAAAUAUGGAAGUUUGUCAAGUCAUAGUUAAUCUUGACUCGCUACAAGUAUCGACUUUUAGUCAAGGGCCCAAUCCAAGUUGUACAUCUAUGGUUGUAUUACCUGACGGCAAAGGUAUAUUGACUGGUAUAACUACAGAGAGUUCUUUUAUUUAUUGGGAACUUUCAACUCGCCGUGAGAUCAAAUACAAUGCAGGUAGGUAAAUACUAAAUAGUGAAGUUUAUUUGUAAUUUUAUUAAUAAUAAUGAUUUAUUCAUACACUGACAGACACUUAGAGAGAGUGGUAGGGGAGGGAGAUCAAGUUAAAGGAGCGGGUGAUCUUCCCACAAUAUUUUUUGAAAGCCUUUGCAUGGUAGCUGAAUAACUGUUUAACAAAACUGUAGGCUAUGAAUGAAUCAAAAAUGCGCAUGAAGCUUAAAGCAAAAGCGUUUAAAGAGUUGACAUUUGUAGUAACAAAUGACGCUAACACCCAACGCCCCUCCUCGUGCCAAGUGUCCGAAUACAAAGAAAUCAUUUCCGUAAACUUCACAUUCAUUUUUCUUACCAAAUAUUGUUCAUGCCUAAAAUUAUUGGAGCCAAACUGUAAUCCAAGAGACGAAUUUUGACACUUAAAUUUAUUAAAAUUGGCUUACUAUAGAAGUAAUCUUAAGGCUGAUUUGGAGUUAGGGGUUAUCAAAGAUAUAGAAGCAAUCUUAAGGCUGUUUUAGAGCAAGGGGUUAUCUAUUAAUACAUAACUGAUGCGUGAUUUCAAUGGGUUUUUAGAACAGCCAUGAUAUUUGUUCUAUACCAGAGCAAUUUAAUAAUCUUAGUGUCGAAAUGCCUAGUAAUUAGUUGUGUAAUUAUUGGUGUCCCAUUUUCUUUGGGACACGCUUAGCUUGAGUGCGGCCUCAGCCCGACUUUAUUAAUUAUCAACUUGAUAUGUAAUAAAUUCGGGUUGAGACUGCACGCAGGCUAAGACAUCCUGUAGCUAUAUUAGGUUAUUGUGGGGUCUUACUCGGAGCAGUGGCAUGAAUCGAACCUGUGGCCCUGCGAUUGCGGUACAACACUCAAACCAACUGAGCUACAGAGUCCAGUUGCCGAGCGUUUAGCACAGGCUACGACACGGUACAGGGAAGCCAGUUGAAAUUUUGAGUGAAAAUUAUAUAUCUUUAGUCCGAAAAAGAAGAACAGUUGUAUAUACAGUACUAGAAAUACAUGCAUGCAACAACCCCUCGCCUAUAUUCUCCAAACAUUGUUUCAACAUGAAGUAUUCGUAAUUACGUCAACACUGAACGCAGGCUCGGGUUGCUCACGUCAUGUUAGUCAUGGCAACACGAUAAUUGUUUUUUAAUUUUUUGUACAAACCUGCAAACAAAUUAUAGAUGAAACUUAAAUACAGAACUAUCAAUUUCUAAAAUAUAUGAAGCAGGUAUAUUGUGUUGUUUUCCAUGGGGUUUAUUUUAAUGUAAAAUUCAAAACGAAACUCUACGUAAAACGUUUUUAAAUGCGAAUUGAAAUCAACUGCUUUUUGCCGAUAUUUAAUAAACUCUUCAGCUUCAACUUUAUAUUACUCGCACUUUGAAAUGAAAUACAUUUAAUUCGUACAGGACGCUAAUGAAACUAAUUUGCUUUCCUUUUUAUCAUGAACUUCUACAAACGUUAAUUUAACUAAGAAUCUUUCGCACACAAUGCAUAGGAAAUAUUUAAGCAACAAGAACAAAGUCGAUAAUAAUAAAAAGUCACACAUAAACAAUUGAAACAAACUUGCCCUAUACUUAAAUCAAUUCUUAUCAAUGUUUACGUUUAAAAAUUGAAAAAAAUGUUUUACAAUUUGUUAUGUGAAACGAUUUUCGAAACUUUCUUACAUGUUUUUUUUACAUUUUCCCCUUCUUCACUCCUGGAAAACAGCCAUAUUUUGAGAUCAGUGAGAUGACCACCCAUACACCAUGCGCCCGCGAUAUUUGAUGAACUUUAGACUUCGCUAGUGCGUUCCUUUCCCCGGGUGUAAAUAGCCGAACGGAAUUAGUACCCUCGCCCCGGGCUUACGCCCGGAACGGCGCUCCGCGCCGUUGGCUCGGGAAUUACUCCCUAGUAUGCUCGAAUAAUGUUUCAAAUAUGCUUCGAAUAGGCAAUAACUGCAAAUAUUUUACCACCUUCAGGUCAUUCUGACGACUCGAUAGUUACUGCAAUUGACAUCACAUCAAAUGGGAAAUUUGCUUUGACCGGAAGCAGUUCAGGGACACUGUCGCUGAUGAACUUGGAGAGUUCUAAGAUAGUUCAGUCGUUCGCAAAGACCGAAGAUGGAAUUGGCAUACGUUUGGUUAGCGUAUUAAGAAGUCAUGACAGUUUUGUAAUUGUUGAUGAGGCGAAUAGAAUCGAGUUGAGGACUUUUAACAAUAAUGGUGUUGAGUUACAAUUGGGUCAACCAGCAGUUAAAGUGACCUGCGUUACUCCUCUUGGUUUAAACUAUAUAUUGUUUGGUUAUGAAAACGGAGAACUGUUAUUGUAUGAUUAUGUGGAACAAUAUGAGUAUAAGCAUCAUGAAGCUCAUUCCAGAGCCGUUUCUCGUGUUGAAAGCCACCCAAACAAGGAAUUUCUUUUCUUUAUAUCGGGGUAUGCCUGUGGAUCUGUGAAAUUUUGGUAUGUUGCAAAAACCGUGCCGCCUUUUUGGAGCCAAAUAUGGUCACAUGACAACGUUCACCCGCAUCCCAUUACCGCCUUAGCAUUCGUGCCGGGCUCCGAGGACAUCGUGGUUGGUUCCUAUGGCAACGAGGUAUGUUGAGCUUGUUCCCAGUAGGGCUAUAUUGACCGCUUAAAAUUGGUCUCUAUUUGGACGUACCUGUUGUGACCAAGUCAUGUUCAUUGGGAUGCAGGCGGGGGGAUUGAGCGCCCCUACUAACCUUGGAAAAAGGGUUGCAAUUUUCCUUAUCAAAUCCGUUUCUCUAUUUUGCGAAGCUAAGGCGACAUCCUCCCUGCUAGGAGCAGUGUUUCCCCGAUACCGUAGAACAUUAGUUGCUACCCGUAGCUCCCUAUAGAUACUAUGCACUUGAUCAAUGGUCGCAUUCCAAGGCAUGACCAAGGCUCGAUGUACACACGAACAUCCUCCCCCUUACCAGAUCGGAUUGGAGCGACAUUUUCAAUUUACUUCCUUAUCUGUCAUUUGUGGCAUGCAACAUAAAUACUCUCAAGUAUAUACGCACUUUUGAGGAAUAUUUGAAAAUGGUAAAUUCAGGAUCCGAGGGGCAUUCAACACUUUUUCCGUCAUCUUUAUCUAGUCAUCCCCAUUUUGUAUCUUCCCGAGUGUCAUGUGUGUGUGGUCUUCCUGUUUCUUUUAAUUUUUUUCGAAUUGCUAUUUCCACCGCUCUUCUCAAAAAACUGAUUUUCCUUCUACGGUAAACAUGACGUGCCCGAGGCAUCGUUGUCGGGCAUCUCGUAACUUUUCUUCAAUACAUUCUGUACCUCUGCCAUCUCUUCCAUUGUUUCAUUUGACAUUUUUUCUCAAUACAAUUUCAUGCUCCAAACGCAAUAUUCUCAUUUCUGUUUACAGACAAGUACUAGUUCUUUUUUUUCUUCUCAGGGGCCAGAUUUCUGCUCUAUACAGUGCAUCAACAAUAGUAUGUCAUUACCCUAUAUACAGCGUUUAGAUCCUUCACUUAGCUGGUAUCCAAUGGCGGAAACUUUGCGAAAUAUUGGGGGGGGGGGCGAGUGCUUAAGGGGGGGGGGGGGUCUGCAAGCAUACUCCCCCAGAAGAUUUUUUAAAAUUGGAUCCCUGAAAUAGCAUUUGCAGCAUUCUGAGAGCACAUUUUGUAAGAAAUUUGAGGUUUUCAAAACAUUAAAUUAAUUUAAUGGUGGAUUUUGUUAUAAAUCAUAUGGUAAGCAUAAAAAACGACAUUUCAGAUAAAAUAUUCUAAAUGAUUAUAUACAUUUGUAAAUAGAAUUGGAAGUUGGUUUAACUGUCUCUCCUCGAGCGACAAGUCCCACGCAUCGUCAGCUUCUAGAAGCUGACGAAUUUGUAUGUUCAUAUCUUCGGUUCAGUGCAUGCUAUGAAUACAAUAAUACCAGCAUUCGAUUCAGUGAAACAAUAUCAACUAAUUACUCACGAUAGUUUUAGUCAUUGCCAACAUUAUAGCAAUUUAUGGCCUUUGAAAGUCAAGUGAGAUCGUGUAUUAUCAAGUUACGCAAUUGUCUGAACCUAAUAUAGACUAGCCAUAUCUUUGCCCCAACAUAAAUUCGACCCCUUCGGACGUAUCUUCUUUGCAAUAGUCUUGAUCGAAUCGCUAUCAAAAACACAAUUUAGAGUGUCAUUUCCGUGCCUGUAUCUUCAAAUUUGCAUCUUUUAUCACAUAUUUCUAUUUCUGGUCCGAAUGUGGGCUAAUCCCAACCGGAAAUACAAUUUCAAAACGUCCCACAACAAUGCGGCGUUUGUAUCGUACGACUCUGGAAAUGCCAGAAAUCGAUUCUAAGGGUCAAAGUGCACCUAUACGCGUGAUUUGUGACGUGAUCCGGCUACGGGAGCUCCUUAUUGGCCAAGUAUAGCGCGUGGCACGCGCGUUGCAUUUUUCAAAACGAAACGUUGCAUUUUUCAAAAUGCUGGUAUCUUUCUGUCGUAAAUUCACACUUAAAAAGGCCGCGAAGCAGCAUAUAUAUUCUUACCCAUUCAGCUUUCUCACAAGGUCUAACAAAAUGUUUGCUGUGGUUCCUGUUUUAUGUCCUGUUAAAAUUAGUGUAAGUUAAUGGUGGGAAAUUUUUGAAAAUGUUUUGCUUUAAUUGCACUGGUCAGCAAUGGCCACCACUGCCAUCAGUUGGCACUGCCACACCGAACCUGCAAGUACGUUUGGUUUUUAUCCCAUAAACCGAACCAUACACACAUUUGUAGCUCUUCGCGAUAUAUUCGUCGAUGCUUUGUCAACAUUUUCCCGGCCAAAAAAAUAACUGGGCUCUUAAUACUUCUUUAUCUACGUCUAGAUUACCUUUAUUGCAUUUUUUCUUUGGUUUUUCUUCAGUCUCAGUAUGUUAGUCACCGAAAAAAGUUCUUUAAAGUUUAGGUUUAUCGGCUAAAUCUUGUCCGCCAUAUUUGUUAUUGUUAUUGCAACGUGAGCAGUUUCGCGGAUGAGUUCGGCGAAAUGCCGGUGAGUUCGGGCAAAAAGCAGGUAAGCUCGACGACAAGCUCACCGCUCUAAACCAAUCAGAAAGCCGCUUUUAACACAGGUAUGGGAUAACUGUUUGGCCCCACUGCGGCAUUUCAAAAUAAGUUAACUUUGAGACAAAAUAAGUAUAACGCAUGAAAGUCGGACACAGUUUGAUUUCAAUAGUGAGUUUAAGCAAGUGACGUUUUUGUUAACACGGAUGUCACCCAAAAAUUGGUAUAAUUAAUUUUGCCGGUAUUUUGAAUCAUAGCGUUCGUAUAAGGAAGCAAAAAUCUUAUGUUUUGAAGGUUACCACCAAAUGUCACAAACACAGUUAACUUUUUAAUCCAGUCCUUCCUCUGCAAUCUGACGUCCGUGUUGACAAAAGUAUAGCUUGCCUAAAACUCCCUAUUAUCAUUGAAUCGACACAUGAAACUUUGCGUUUGAAGCAGGUCGUGUUUGGUAGUGUCCCAUACCUUAAAACAUCAUUCGGCAUUUCUGAAUGUUUUCACACAAGAACAUGACACGUUUUUCGCACGACAGACUGCAUCCACGAUUUUGGAAAUAAGUGAUGUGAGUAUAUCUUGGGUAAACAUGGUUAUUAUUAUUACGACAGGUACAUCGAAUAAACGCUAGAGGAGUUGUCCGCACGUACAAGUUUAAGUGUUACAGAAUUGCAGCGUUGCGUGUGGUGGAGGACUCCCUCAUUGCUGCAUGUAUUCAUAGCUUCAGUGCCGUAAAGUGGAAUUUGGACGAAGGCUCAGUGACUAAGGACUUUCAUAGUGGUGCUGGCAGAGAACAAGUAUCACGUGCUAACCAUGCUUCCAAUCAUGUGGCCUCCAAAGGUUAAUUACUGUAUAUUAUCGUUUAUUUAUAUACUCUCCAUUUUAUAACAGGUUGUGGUUGCCCAAUUUCCCGAGGACCUGGCUUUUCCCGACGACCUGGGAGGAAUACCGGAGUUCCCGGAGAAAAAUCCUCGUCCCCUUGUCCUCCCUAACAUGCUACGUGUGCGCUUAGCGCAACUUCUGUAUUGAGGUCUGGAUACGAGAGACAACCACAGGGAAGUCGCCCAACCAUUAAAAUACCAUAAGAAAAUACCCUACCCUUGACCUGUGGCCUCUUUAGGUCAUGCAACACGAGACGAUUUUUGCUGCAAGUUGCAACGCAAUAUCUCGAACUCGUUGACAAUGCUUGAUUUUGCUUUAUUUUGCUCGCAUGGUAAUACUGGAUACCUGGUGAAGUUUGUUGAUCCAGUCCUAGGACUGGAUCAAAAUUAAUUCAGUCCUUGGACUGGAUCAAAAUUAAUUCACCUAACUUUAGGCAGUGUUUUAUUUAUAUGAGAUGUCAUUUCAAGUCCUCCAAUUCGGACUGGACUAGAUUUCAAGUCCUCGUAUUUUGAAUCAAAUUGCGUGGACUUGAAAUCCAGUCCAGUCCUCAUAACCCAAAUUUGAAAUAUUCUGAUAUCCAGCCAUGUUAUCUAGUCACAGAGAAAUUGUGAGCAUGGCCUCGAAAAAAUUUUACGACCCGCGCUUUUUGAGCACGCAAAAACAAUGUCAUGAUAAUUUUCGUUAAGGCCCUGUCACACUAUUGCGUAUCAUACUAGCGUAUUCCAGCGUAUGAAAAAUAUCACUCAUACGCCGGUAUACGCUGACAUACGCUAGGGGUACGUUAGGCGUAGGUUGUAUACGUUUCAAGCACGGUCGCAUACGGUGACAUAUGCUGGCAUACGGCGAGCCAGAAAAUUUUUUUUAAGCAUGUUCAAAAAUUUUGUGCGUAUCGGACGUAUGCUUUAUACGAUAAGCAUACUCUAGGCACACGCUGAAUACGCCAGAGGUACGCCAGAUGUACGCCAGAUGUACGGUACUCAUACGCUGGCAUUUCAAAGGAUUUUUCUGCGUAUGAAAAUUAUUUCAUUAAUUUUCAUACGCUUCUCAUACGUUUCUCUCAUACGCAAUAGUGUGACAGGGCCUUUACAAGUUGCUUCCAAUAGAAUGAAAAACAGCUGAAACUUUCUUCAGUAGCACACUUCAAAAGUAAAUUCCGAAAUAAAUUUAUUGGCAAUGGCUGGUGACCUACUGCGCAAAUACUUAUCACGUUUUCCUUAACGGCUUUACUCAUGAACAAUUUUCCUUGGUGAUCAUGAAAAGCAGGCGUGACCAGCUUUUGAACAAGGCUCCUCGGCAAGGAAAAAUUGUCCAUUUUUGUAUAUUGUAUUGUUCUAUUCUAUACUAUAUGUUGUAAAUAUUUUAACUUGUAUUUUUUAAAACUACGAGGGUCCUGGGGAAAAUAAGUUUUUUGACUUACCAGGUAUAUGGGCUAUGUACGAUAUUCUUAACCCUCUUUAAAUAAAGUGAUUGAUUGAUUGAUUGAUUGAUUGAUUGAUUGCUUGAUUGAUUGAUUGAUUGAUUGAUUGAUUGAUUGAUUGAUUGAUUGAUUGAUUGAUUGAAAGUAUGAUACGUAAAGAAAGUGUCAACAGAGUACAAUGCGGGCCAUGCUCACAAUUUCUCCGUGACAACAUUUUGGAUAACAUGGCCUUUUCAUCCGAAAUUGAAUUGCAAGUUGCAGUAAAAAUUACCUUGUGUAACUUUUCCAUAACAGAUAUUAUCAUUUUAAAUUACAUUUUAGGUUCUCAUCAUUCUUUGCUGUUUUGGAACCUUGAAACUGGAAGGACACUCCACAGAGUUCGUGGUCACACACAUGAUAUCAGAGCGUUGGCAUUUGUGCCAGGAGGUGAAUUUCUAUUGUCAGGUUCUCGUGAUAAGACGCUGAAAUUGUGGAAUUUACGAAAUGGAGAGUUUGUUGAAGAGUUCCAUUUCGAACGGUUUGUUCGAGCUAUAGCAUGUGCCUCGAAUGGGAUAGUUUGCAUUGGCCUACAAGGUGGUGAGGUCUGCUUUCUGCGUUUCAGUAGUUUAUCUUCCCAUUCGACACAACUUGAACAGUAGGUUCAAAACUUAGUAUGAUCUCAGUGCCCUUGGGUUCAAACCGAGUGGAAGUAUCAAAACUACAAGUUGGAUUUCUCAGAGAGCUCAAGCUGGGAAGGGUUACUGCAAUGGAUGAUCACUCAUCCAUAAUACCCAUUUCAAUGGAUUCGUCAUUUCGGUCAGCAGUUUCCAACUGAACGAAGUCUGCUGACCUCCAAGCCAUGAAAUCAGUGUUAUCAUGACAAUCGUAUCGUCUGUCACAAUGCUGAUUCAUUGUAACUCUCAGUGCCCUCGAGUUCAAACCGAGUGGAAGUAUCAACUACAAGUUGAACUUCUCAGAGAGGUCAAGCUGGAAGGGGUUACUGCAAUGGAUCAUCGCUCAUCCAAAAAAAGCCAUUUCAAUGGAUUCGUUAUUUCGGUCUGCAGUUUCCAACUGAACAAAGUCUGCCGACCUCCAAGCUAUGAAAUCAGUGUUACCAUGACAAUCUUCUGUCGCAAUGCUCAAUCAUCGUAACAUAGAAAUUUGGCUAAUUUUAUUUAGUAUACAAAAACUGCAUAAGUCACAUGACUCAGAUUUAAUUAAACUAUUUUUGCGUAUAUAUAUCAUGGACUACAUAUAUACUUUCUGGGUCUACGGACCACAAGGGCAGCCCAAAUAGUGCGAGGACAGUACGCGAGUAGCAGGCUUGCCUUUUUUUUUACAAGAACUACACUUCUAAAAUCUUGCGUUACUCGCAUGAAUUGAAAUUGUGAACUGUUUUCAAGCAAUUUAGCUCAAAUUUGAAUAUGAAUUCCUCUUAGAA